GGAAGUGCGGUGUUCCCUAAGGCUGCUGCCUCGGAGCGGGCGGAGGGGAGCCUCCCGAAACGGGGGCCGGGCCGGGAUGGCGGCAGCCGCGGCCGGGCCGGGUGCUUGGGCGGCCCAGGAGAAGCAGUUCCCGCCAGCGCUGCUGAGCUUCUUCAUCUACAACCCCCGUUUCGGGCCGCGCGAGGGAGAGGAAGAAAAUAAAAUUCUGUUUUACCAUCCAAAUGAAGUAGAAAAGAAUGAAAAAAUUAGAAAUGUUGGAUUAUGUGAAGCAAUUGUACAGUUUACAAGGACUUUUAGCCCAUCGAAACCUGCAAAAUCUUUACACACACAGAAGAACAGACAGUUCUUCAAUGAACCAGAAGAAAAUUUCUGGAUGGUUAUGGUAUUUAUAUACUCAGUAACAGUUCACAGUAACAGCUCUGGGGCUCUUAUUCUUAGGAAACACUGAAAUUGGUUGCAAUUUCAAAAUCAAAAUGGUUAUUAAGAUUGGGGCUAAAUUUUAAGAAACGUUCUGGCCAGGCAAUGGUGAUGCAUACCUUUGAUUCCAGCACUCAGGAGGCAGAGGUUGUUCGGAAUCCUAUCAUCGAGAAGCAAAGUAAAGAUGGCAAGGCGGUAGUGGAGUACCAAGAGGAGGAGCUGUUGGACAAGGUGUACAGCUCAGUGCUGCAGCAGUGCUACAGCAUGUACAAGCUUUUCAAUGGGACGUUUCUGAAAGCCAUGGAAGAUGGAGGCGUCAAGCUCCUAAAGGAAAGAUUAGAGAAAUUCUUCCAUCGGUAUUUGCAGACACUACAUUUGCAGUCAUGUGACCUACUUGAUAUUUUUGGUGGAAUCAGCUUCUUCCCAUUGGAUAAAAUGACUUACUUGAAAAUCCAGUCCUUUAUUAACCGAAUGGAAGAAAGCCUAAGUGUAGUCAAAUAUACAGCAUUCCUCUACAAUGACCAACUUAUCUGGAGUGGACUAGAGCAAGAUGACAUGAGAAUUUUGUACAAAUACCUCACCACCUCACUGUUCCCCAGGCACAUCGAACCUGAGUUGGCGGGAAGGGACUCCCCAGUCAGGGCAGAGAUGCCUGGGAAUCUUCAGCACUAUGGAAGAUUUCUUACUGGACCCUUGAACCUUAAUGAUCCAGAAGCAAAAUGCAGAUUCCCCAAAAUUUUUGUAAAUACAGAUGACACGUAUGAAGAGCUCCAUUUAAUUGUUUAUAAGGCCAUGAGUGCAGCCGUGUGCUUCAUGAUUGACGCCUCCACGCCGCUCACGCUGGAUUUCUGCCGAAGACUGGACAGCAUCGUUGGGCCCCAGCUUACGGUGCUGGCAUCUGACAUCUGUGAGCAGUUUAAUAUCAACAAGAGGAUCUCUGGGUCUGAAAAGGAGCCCCAGUUUAAGUUCAUCUACUUCAACCACAUGAAUUUAGCAGAGAAAAGUACAAUUCACAUGAGGAAAACGCCCAGUGUGUCACUCACAUCCGUCCACCCAGAUCUAAUGAAGAUAUUAGGGGACAUCAACAGUGACUUUACCAGAGCAGAUGAAGAUGAAGAAAUCAUUGUGAAGGCCAUGAGCGACUACUGGGUUGUUGGGAAGAAGUCUGACCAGCGGGAGCUGUACGUGAUUCUCAGUCAGAAGAAUGCGAACCUGAUCGAGGUCAAUGAAGAGGUGAAGAAACUGUGUGCCACGCAGUUCAACAACAUCUUCUUCUUGGAUUGACUCCACUGGCUCAGCAGAACAUCUUUAAAAACCUCAACAACCUUUGUGUUUACCAUUACAACUUACUGGUCAUGCUAGUGACUGGGUUAGGGACACAGUAAAGCAAUACCUGCUUGGAAAACCACAUUUCUACUUGGUCUGAUGAUUCCCUGAGGUUUCUAGAUGUUAAAUAUUUAUGUGAAAUUAAUUAAAUGUAGUCAGCUGAAUACCAUUCCAUUCUGCUGACAUUGUAUGGGUAUUUUACUGGGAAAUAAGACUAAUAAAUUGUUAAAGUUUUUAAAAA